AUGGCGUUGUUGGCGGCCAGUGGCGGCGACACCGUCAAACUCUUCGACGCCUCCGCCGUCAAGCCUGGCGUGUACACGCCCUCCGGCGAUCCCUGUGCCCUUAGCUUCACCCCUUCUCCCGGUUCCCAAGUCAAUUCGGUCAAGUGGAACCACACCAUCCUCGAUUGCGCUGAAUUUGAGUUUUUCGCAGAUUUAGUUGUGGCCAGUGCUGGAGACGAUAAGAAGAUCUCGCUAUGGCGGAAGAAUGGGCACACAAUGGGGACCAUUCCGGUUGCCGGCAAUGAUAGUGGAGACAACAUUGAGGAAUCUAUAUUGACUAUCAGCUUCAGCAACAAGGCAUCCAGAUAUGUAUGUUCUGGAGGAACUGGUCAAGUUGUAAGGAUAUGGGAUUUGCAAAGGAAACGCUGUAUUAAAUGGCUAAAGGGUCAUACUAAUACUGUCACAGGUGUAAUGUACAAUUGUAAGGAUGAACAUUUGGCAUCUAUCAGCCUUAGUGGAGACCUAAUGCUUCAUAACCUUGCUUCCGGGCAAAAAGCUGCAGAUCUCAAAGAUCCCAAUCAACAGAUGUUGAGAGUUCUUGAUUAUUCUAGAGUUAGUCGUCACCUUCUUGUGACUGCUGGCGACGAUGGGACGGUACAUUUGUGGGAUACAACUGGUCGCAGCCCUAAGGUCUCAUGGACAAAGCAGCAUUCUGCUCCAACUGCUGGUAUUAGCUUCUCUCCAUCCAAUGACAAGAUCAUUGCUAGUGUUGGCCUUGAUAAAAAGAUGUACAUUUACGAUUCGGGAUCUAGAAGACCAUCAUCUUACAUUUCCUAUGAAGCACCUUUCUCUUCACUGGCCUUUAGAGAUGAUGGUUGGAUGCUGGCAGCUGGAACUAGCAAUGGCCGUGUGGCAUUCUAUGAUGUUCGUGGCAAACCACAGCCUGUUGCUGUUCUUCACGCAUAUGGUAGUUCUGAGGAAUUUCACUUUGAUGAGUAA